GAUUUAGAGUUAGGUGCUGAAAUUUUCGCUAGAGGUACGGUGCAGUAUAACUGGUUGUCAACGAUAGAUUCUGGCAUCCUCAUGCAUUCUGGGUUAAGUUGAAUUGCAGCUCCUUUUGGGUCAAGUCAAGUUGUAAGGUUGGAUUAUGUGUCAUUGCACGCGAUGCUGAUCGUUCUCUGGUCUUUUCUGAAUGUGAGCUUGGGGUGGCCACAUCGGCACCUGAUGCAGAAGCAAAAGCAUGCCUCAUGGCUUUACGACUUGCCACAGAACGACUUGCAGGCCGACCAUUUGUGCUUGAGUCUCACUUUUUCCGAACGCCCUUCACGACGUUCGAAGAUUUGUUGGAAUCUUUGUCGAAGUGAUCAUUUUCUCUCAUUUACUCCAAAUUUGUUGGAAUCUGAGGAUUUAGAGUUAGGUGCUGAAAUUUUCGCUGGAGGUGCAGUAUCACUGGUUGUCAACGAUAUAUUCUGGAGUCCUCAUGCAUUCCAGGUUAAGUUGAAUUGCAGCUCCUUUUGGGUCAAGUCAAGUUGUAAGGUUGGAUUAUGUGUCAUUGCACGCGAUGCUGAUCGUUCUCUGGUCUUUUCUGAAUGUGAGCUUGGGGUGGCCACAUCGGCACCUGAUGCAGAAGCAAAAGCGUGCCUCAUGGCUUUACGACUUUCCACAAAACAACUUGCAGGCCGACCAUUUGUGCUUGAGUCUCAUUUUUUCCGAACGCCCUUCACGACGUUCGAAGAUUUUGGCGCAUCCUUGGCACCGUCGGUGGCUGGGUUAAUCACCCGGUACCACCAGGAGAAUAUUCAAUGGAGUAAGUGCGAAAGGUUUGAGAAUCGAACUGCUUCAAGGAUUGCCCUGCUUGCCUGUAAGGAGAAAUUGGAUGAAAAUUGGAGAAAUAGGCUUACUGUUGUCUAUGAAUGAUUGAGAGUGAAGUUUUUUCUUGGUAUAUCAGACUUGUAGUAUAUCAGACCAGGAUGUUGAUGUUGAUUCUAGUACUGUUGUACUUUAUGCUGCUGUUUCUUCCGAAUUGAGCCUUUGGCAACCCCUUGCUAAAGGAUCUAUCAAGAUCAAUUUUCAUUCUGCAUUUUCUAAAAGGAGUGGUGUAGGAAUUGGUGGACUCUGUUCUCUGGUUCGGAAUGAUCAUGGAGAGCUUAUGGAUGGUUUGGCUACCAGGGUGGUAGCAGGAUUUCCAUUCGAUGCAGAAGUGAAGGCUGCGAAGCUUGCUUGUUCUCUUGCCUUGGAUUAUAAGAGUUUGAAGAUCGAGUUCGAAGGUGGAAGUGAAUUAUUGACUAACCAAGUUGUUGGAAGAACGCUUCUGGAUUCAAAGUGAACGCUUCGGGAUGAUAUAAAGCUUAGCUUAGGAGAGCUCACUACUGGUAAUUCCUGGUCCCAUUGUGUGAAGACGGGCAAUGUGGUGGCCUCCUACUUUUCAUCCCGGUUGUGUGAAAGCGAAUUUGUUGAAGGAGGGCAGUGGAUGGUUGAUCUUGAAGAGAUUUUGAAGGAAGAUAUGAAGGUUGUUUCCGUAGGUGAGGUGUGAGUAGGCGUAGUAAAUCGUAUUUCCUCGACUCAUUUAGGGCUUGUCCGGUAACGUUUUUAAAAAUGAUUUUUCAAAAACCGAUUUUGAAAAUGAA